AGUCUUUUUCUGACAUCGCUCUGAAUAAUGAGAAGGCGAUGGUGGAGACAAGUUAUCCCAGCCAAACUACUCGGUUGCCUCCCAUCACCUACACUGGUCGGUUCUCCCUGGAGCCUGCACCCAACAGUGGCAACACUUUGUGGCCUGAACCCCUUUUCAGCCUAGUCAGUGGCCUCGUGAGCAUGACCAAUCCUCCGGCUUCUUCAUCCUCAGCACCUUCUCCAGCAGCUUCAACGUCUUCCUCUGCCUCCCAGAGCCCACCCCUGAGCUGUGCUGUGCCAUCCAACGACAGCAGUCCCAUUUACUCAGCUGCACCCACCUUUCCCACUCCCAACACUGACAUUUUUCCUGAGCCCCAAAGCCAGGCUUUUCCCGGCUCAGCAGGCACUGCCCUACAGUCCCCGCCUCCUGCCUACCCUGCCGCCAAGGGUGGCUUCCAGGUUCCCAUGAUCCCUGACUAUCUGUUCCCACAACAACAGGGAGACCUGGGCCUGGGCACCCCAGACCAGAAGCCCUUCCAGGGUCUGGAGAACCGUACCCAGCAGCCUUCACUUACUCCACUAUCCACUAUUAAAGCCUUCGCCACUCAGUCGGGAUCCCAGGACUUAAAGGCUCUUAAUACCACCUACCAAUCCCAACUCAUCAAACCCAGCCGCAUGCGCAAGUACCCUAACCGGCCCAGCAAGACACCCCCCCACGAACGUCCUUAUGCCUGCCCAGUGGAAUCCUGCGAUCGCCGUUUUUCUCGCUCUGACGAGCUCACCCGUCACAUCCGCAUCCACACGGGCCAGAAGCCGUUCCAGUGUCGAAUCUGCAUGCGCAACUUUAGUCGCAGUGACCACCUUACCACUCACAUCCGCACCCACACAGGCGAGAAGCCUUUUGCCUGUGACAUUUGUGGGAGAAAGUUUGCCAGAAGUGAUGAACGCAAGAGGCAUACCAAAAUCCACUUACGACAGAAGGACAAGAAAGCAGACAAAAGUGUUGUGGCCUCUUCGGCCACCUCUUCCCUCUCUUCCUACCCAUCCCCAGUGGCUACCUCUUACCCAUCCCCUGCCACCACCUCAUUUCCAUCCCCUGUGCCCACCUCCUACUCCUCUCCUGGCUCCUCGACCUACCCAUCUCCUGCACACAGUGGCUUCCCCUCGCCCUCAGUGGCCACCACCUAUGCCUCCGUUCCACCUGCUUUCCCUGCCCAGGUCAGCAGCUUCCCAUCUGCAGCUGUCACUAACUCCUUCAGCACUUCAACUGGGCUUUCGGACAUGACAGCCACCUUUUCUCCAAGGACAAUUGAAAUUUGCUAAAGGGAAAGAAAGAAAGCAAAGGGAGCAGGGAAAAAAAAUGAAAAGACAAUGGACAGGAGGGCAUCUUUUUCUGACUCCCUCAGAAGGGGCUCCUCUUAAGUCAGAGCCACGACCUCUCUCUAGCCAAGAGAAGGUCUGUUGGCCAACAGUCCUUUUACCGUCCCUGCCUCCCCAUUCCUAUUCCCUUUGACUUCAGCUGCCUGAAACAGCCAUGUCUGAGUUCUUCACCUCUAUCCAAAGAACUUGAUUUGCAUGGGUAUUGGAUUAAUCAUUUCAGUAUCGUCUCCAUCGUAUGCCUGACCCUUGCUCCCUUCAGUGCUACAUCAAGUUGGCAAAAAAACGGGUUUGGGCCCUCAGAACCCUGCCCUGUAUCUUUGUACAGUGUCUGUGCCAUGGAUUUUGUUUUCCUUGGGGUACCCUUGAUGUGAAGAUAAUUUGCAUACCCUAUUGUAUUAUUUGGAGUUCCGUCCUCACUUUGGGGGGGAGGGGGAGCAAAGCCAAGCAAACCAGUGGUGACCCUCUUAUUUUGUGAUGGCUGCUGUGACAACAUGUGUGGAGCAUCUUUUGAAGCAGCAGUCCUAGGUAUUAACCAGAGCAUGUGUCAGAGUGUUCCGUUAACCUUUUUGUAAAUACUGCUCGACUGUACUCUCACAUGUGACAAAGUAUGGUUUGUUUUUUUUUUUUUUUUUCCUUUUUUUAAAUUUGCCCGUCCCUUUGGUUAAAAGAGUUUCACGUCUUGGUGCCUUUUGUGUGACACGCCUUGCCGAUGGCUUGACAUGUGCAAUUGUGAGGGACAUGCUCACCUCUGGCCUUAAAGGGGUAGGAGUGAUGUUUUGGGGGAGGCUUUGAGAGAGAAAUGAGGAAGAGGGCUGAGCUGAGCUUUGGUUCUCCAGAAUGUAAGAAGAAAAAUUUUAAAACAAAAUCUGAACUCUCAAAAGUCUAUUUUUUUAACUGAAAAUGUAAAUUUAUACAUAUAUUCAGGAGUUGGAAUGUUGUAGUUACCUACUGAGUAGGCGGCAAUUUUUGUAUGUUAUGAACAUGAAGUUCAUUAUUUUGUGGUUUUAUUUUACUUUGUACUUGUGUUUGCUUAAACAAAGUGACUUGUUUGGCUUAUAAACACAUUGAAUGCGCUUUAUUGCCCAUGGGAUAUGUGGUGUAUAUCCUUCAGAAAAAUUAAAAGGAAAAUAAAGAAGCCGAAAUUA